UCUCCACACUAUCAGCAAGUUCACCACAGGGAAACAUGCCCCAUACCCCAAAGGGUCACAAUAAAUGGCCUCUAUUGUUCUCUGCUCAUCUCCAGACCAGUGGUCCCACAGCAGCAGGCAAGCAGGUCAGGCAGGUGAUACUGGUGCCUGGUAAAUCCUGCUGCCACCCCCCCAGCCACUACCAUGUCCUUCCUGAGCCUGGACCACUGCAUGCUCAGGAGGAUGAUCUCCAUCUUCUUCCUGGGAACUGACUUGAAGCUGCUCAAAUUUUACUUUUCCGAAGCUCCUUUCUGUCCCCUUUGAAGCUAGCCUUGAUUUUUGCCUUUCUCCAGUGACGAAGGACUUUCCCUGCUCUUGCAGAGAGUAUGGAGAGUGGCAUCACAAUGCACACCACAAUCCACUAGAGCCCCUGAACAUGCCCAGUCCUAUCUCAGGAACUGACUGUGGCCUGACGUGGCUAGUCAGUCCUCAUCUCAGUGACCCUACUGAAAUCUUUCUCUGGAUGCACAAAAAGAGUAUAGAUCUCUGAGAUGCUGAGGGGCUGGAGGCUGGGACUGGGGAAGAGGUGCUGCGAGUCGUGGGGAAAGGAAAGCAAAGUAGGCGUCAUUGCUGUUGGUAACUCUCUGCAGGGAAUUUGUAGUGAUUCAAAACCUGAGGUCUUCUAGGAGAAGACCACGAGGAGGAUGAGAGGCAGUGGCACAAGCUAUAUCAUGCACUGUGGCGACUGAAUGGCACGGACUCUGCUGAAGGUGAAACCAAAAUCACUUUAUUGUGCAAAGGCAAAGGCUUGUAUAGUGUUUCUCUACCUAGCUAACGGCUACCCCGGUGAAUUUCAACAUCAAAGAUCCCACAGAUAUGGCGAUAAUGUGCAACAACUACUGCUACAGAUGUGCCCCUUAUCUUCAUGUUUUCCUCCUUUUCUUGUUCCUCUUACGCAUUCUUUUCUUACUACCCCAUGGGUGUUGUGCUAACAAUUCCAAGGUCUCAAGCUAGCGAGCAUGAGAGCAUCGGCCGCUUGCUCUGUGCUUGCUGUUGAUACCGCAGGUAUGCCAAGGCAUCGGCCUCUUGCUUUGGCAUAAACGUGGCAGUGGAACCUUUUGUACCCGCAAUGCACAAAUUCCCAUUCCCAGAGACCAGCAGGGGAAAUCUGCAUCUGUGAAGACCGCUGGGCUUCUACACGGCUGUCCAUAAAGCUGUCCUCUGAGCAAUGUGCUCCUGUGUCCAGGCUGGCCCUGCUCUCCUCCAGCUCUUCUCUGGUCUUGGCAUUUGGAUCCAUCCUUACUCUGCUGCUGCCCUGACUUCAGGACAUGCUGCCCUGACCCUGCCGUGUGACUGGGGAGACUGUGAGCACUUCUGGGGCGUAGGAGGGGAUGGGCUAGUGGUGCUGGGACCAAUGAGAGGGUACUGGUCCCUGCAGCCUUGCCUCGCUGGUCCCAUCUGUUGCAUCUCACAGCAAACUUCUGCUUCUACAAACAUCAGCUGCAUUUCUCUUUUGCACCUCUGAGAGAGGGUGCAAUCACUGGGGAGCAGGACCAUCCCAGAAAGGCAUCCCAAGGGUCGGGUAGGAGCCAGCAGGGCUCAGGGCUUGCCCAGCAUUUGCUGACAUGGCCCAGAGCGUGGUUUAUGCUGACCUGAGGUUUGCCAAGGUGAUGGGGGGCCGUGGCACGGCCAGCCAGGCGCUGGAGGCAGUCCUCGGCAUGGAUGAGACGGAGAGCCCCUACGAGAACAUGCAUCCAGCACCAACAGGGCAGGAUGAGGACAGGUCUCAGCCCAGUGCCGGGCGCUGGUCCAGGCACUGGUGCAUCUUUACGGGGCUGCUGGCAACCUGCCUGCUGCUGCUGGUGACCACCGUGGCCCUGGGAGCUUGCUACUGGCAGGUCACCCAAAGCCUGCAAGCUGCCUCCCGGGAGCACGCGGCAGAGCAGGGCCGCCUGUCGCAGGAGGUGAGCGCGAGGGAGCAGAGCCUGGAGCAGACACGCGUGGAGCUGGCGUGGGCCAGAGCGGAGCUGCAGCGAGCGUGGCAGGAGGGCAACAGCAGCCAGAAGGAGCUGGGGAGCCUGAAUGCCGAACUGGGACGCGUCAUGAGGGUCCUGGGGAAGACGGAGGAGGAGAUGCAGGAGGUGCAGGGGAGGCUCAACAACAGUGAGAGCACUGUGGCUAUCCUGCGCUCCUGCACCGUUAUAGAUUGCUGCCCCUCAGGCUGGCUGCUGCACAGGGGCAAGUGCCUCUACGUCUCUUCGGAGAAGAAGACGUGGGAAGACAGCAAAGAUGAGUGUGAGAAGAAAUAUUCUCAGCUCCUGGUCACCAAAUCCUGGAGUCGCUGGACUGUGCCGACCUUCCUGAAGAAUGCGGACAUCCCAUACUGGAUCGGGCUGCAGAAGAGCAGCUUCCCCUGGUAUGAAUAUGGCUGGCUGGAGGAAGAGGACCCAGAAGACGGCGGAGUUUCUGAUGCCUGGUUCUGGGUAGAUGGCUCCCUUUAUGAAAGGCCAUGGCAGUCGAAGUCAAAUGGGUCCUGUGCCGUAAUAAGCCGUGGAAACAUCAAACCUGCCCAAUGUGCUGGUCCGGAUGACGUGCACCUCUGGAUCUGCGAGAAGCCAGUGGGGCCGAGCUCCCCGUUCAUGUGACGAUGGCUGCUGACCCCAUCACUGCUGUGCACCUGCACCCCACACCACUUCCACUUCAGCCUUGCUGCAAUCCUGCCCAGGAUGUCCUGUCCAUAUGAGCAACUCCCUUGACUCUUGCAGACUCCUGCCCAUGGGCUGCCCAGGUUCUUCCCAGCAAUGCCUAGUGAUGCUUUGGACAUUACACAUAUUGGGGGAUGUAGUAGUGUUUUCCCCCAGCAAAUGUGCUCCAGCAGAGCUCUAUGGUCCCCACAUUCCAGCUCCCAACCUACGCAGGGUCUUCCUGAGAACGGCUAGUGUGAAAAGGUAGAGCCCAGACCCAGCUGCAGAGCAGAACAAGCCCUGACGCUCGGCACUGCAGCCAUACAAUAUUCUCAGCAUGGAAUGAGCUGUGGUGCUGCCACACAGAGAUGUGGAAGAGGGGGACAGCACAGCCCUACACCCGUCCCUACCACAGGGCAGGGACUUUAUGCCUGGCGCCAUCCCAGGAGCAGCUUGGCCAUGACUUUCAGGCAACUCUGCCAGUGAGUCCAAGUUUCCCUCAAACUGCAUUUGAACUGCCCUUCGCCUUUGCCGGCAGUUGUAUUUUUUUUUUUGUAUUUUGUUU